AUGAGGGUCCUAGCCCCGGCGGCCCUCCUCCUCCUCCUGCCGCUCCUGCCGCUGCCCUGCUCGUGGGCCGGCCCCAGGAAAGGGAAGGGCAAGAGCCCCGUAGUCUUCCCCGGGGACGCGGUCAGCCGCAUGACGGACCGGGAGCUGGCCGCCCGCUACCUCCAGCUUUGCGGGUACUUGACGGCGACCAACCCCGGGGGGCAGGUGAAGCUGAGGACCCCCGUCAAGGCGAUGCAGAAGCAACUGGGCUUGCCGGAAACAGGGAAGCUGGACGCCCCCACCCUCACGGCCAUGCGGGCGCCCUGCUGCGAAUUCUCGCACGUGGCUCUCUUAAAGACCUUCCAGGACUACUCCAAGUGGAACCACACAGCCCUCACCUACCGCUGCAGAGACCACACACCAGCCCUGGAUGUCUCCCGUUCAGCUUCGGGACCUGACCCCUCCAAGGCUCCAGGGAGUUCUGCUCGGCCGGUGAAAAAGCUGCGGCCCAAGGGUGGCCCCUCCGUAUCCCGUCCAGGCCCAGCUGUGAUUGGAGGGAACUCCCAGGGCCAGCCCUGCUCCUUCCCCUUCAAGUUCCAGGGCCAGAUGUACAGCAGCUGCACCACAGAUGGACGUGCCGAUGGGAAGCUCUGGUGCGCCACCACCAGAGACUACGAUGCAGACUGGAAGUGGGGCUUUUGCCCUGACCAAGGCCCAGGCGUGAUUGGAGGGAAUUCUCAGGGCAAGCCCUGCUCCUUCCCCUUCAAGUUCCAGGGCCAGAUGUACAGCAGCUGCACCACAGACGGACGCAGCGAUGGGAAGCUCUGGUGUGCUACCACCAGAGACUACGAUGCAGACUGGAAGUGGGGCUUUUGCCCUGACCAAGGCCCAGCUGUGAUUGGAGGGAACUCCCAGGGCAAGCCCUGCUCCUUCCCCUUCAAGUUCCAGGGCCAGAUGUACAGCAGCUGCACCACAGAUGGACGCAGGGAUGGGAAGCUCUGGUGUGCCACCACCAGAGACUACGAUGCAGACUGGAAGUGGGGCUUUUGCCCUGACCAAGGCCUGGCUGUGAUUGGAGGGAACUCCCAGGGCAAGCCCUGCUCCUUCCCCUUCAAGUUCCAGGGCCAGAUGUACAGCAGCUGCACCACAGAUGGACGCAGCGAUGGGAAGCUCUGGUGUGCCACCACCAGAGACUACGAUGCAGACUGGAAGUGGGGCUUUUGCCCUGACCAAGCUUCGGGACCUGACCCCUCCAAGGCUCCAGGGGGUUCUGCUCAGCCGGUGAAAAAGCUGCGUCCCAAGGGUGGCCCCUCCGUAUCCCGUCCAGGCAUGGCCGUGAUUGGAGGGAACUCCCAGGGCAAGCCCUGCUUCUUCCCCUUCAAGUUCCAGGGCCAGAUGUACAGCAGCUGCACCACAGAUGGACGCGCCGAUGGGAAGCUCUGGUGCGCCACCACCAGAGACUAUAAUGCAGACUGGAAGUGGGGCUUUUGCCCUGACCAAGCUUUAGGACCUGCCUCCUACAAGUCUCAAGGGGGUUCUGCUCGGCCGGUGAAACAGCUGCGGUCCAAGGCUGGCCUCUCCGUCCACCCUUCAGCCACCACCGUGUUUGGAGUCAACUCCCUGGGCCAGCCCUGCUCCUUCCCCUUCAUGUUCCAGGGCCAGAUGUACAGCAGCUGCACCAGAGAGGGACGCACCGAUGGGAAGUUCUGGUGCGCCACCACCAGCAACUAUGAUUCAGACAGGAAGUGGGGCUUUUGCCCUGACCGAGAGCGCUCCAACAGGAAUCUUAUGGUCCCAGUUUUCACAGCUUGUGAGUAGCCAAAAAAAAAGCUUUCUUCGGACAUAAUGAGGAAAUUGAGAAUUCCAUGAGGUCGACAAAGCGCCUCUCCUUUCUUCACCACCCCUCCAAGGUGGCUUUGAUGCCGUAAGUUCUCCCGACAGCAGUUGCUGGAUAGAUUUCAUGGAGCUCAGCAGAAAUCCAGCUGUUCUUGCCUCGACGUCAACCAGAAGUCUGCACUUUGUCACCAUCUCUGACUGGCUGCCAUACAGCCCCCACUUUUCCUCUUGAACGCCUCUGGAUUUCAUUUCUUUGUCCAUGGCUUCUUUCCACUUUACUUGUUUAAAUUUAGGUAAUGCCAAUACUGCUUUAUAAUUUCUUGGCUCCUACCAUACAUUACACACUUUUCCUGGCAGAAUACCUGUCAGGUGGAAUCCUAUUGUUCCAUCGCUCUGACCUGUGUGCCAUUGACUGCUGCUGUGUUUCAACCCAACAGCUUUUUCAGCUUCUCCUACCUGAAUGCUGACAUCGUCACCAAGUGAGUUACCAUCACUAAGCGAGUUACACUCACUAAGUUGAUCACCAUCACUAAGUGAAUCAUUCGAAAAAAUUGCAUCAAUUCUUUUUCAAUUUUAUUUAUUUUUAUUUUAUUUUAUUAAAUUUCUAUACCGCCCUUCUCCCGAAGGACUCAGGGUGGUGAACAGCCACGAGAUAAAACACAUAAAUACAAAAAAUUUAAAAUGAAUUAAAAACGAAUUAAAUAAUUUGGCUGAAUUUAAAA